AUGGCGAUCUGUACUUAUAACACACGUACGCUUGCAUCGGAAGCGGCCAUCGAAGAUCUGAUGAUGCAAGCCAAGAAGAUCAAGUACGACUUCAUCGGACUGACCGAGACGAGACGACGUCACCCUCUCAACGCCGUAUAUGAAACUGGAGAUGAACUGUUCUUAGGAACAUGCGACAGUAGAGGUGUUGGUGGAGUUAGCGUCCUCGUCAACACGAGUAUGGCAAAGAACAUCGACUCUUUUGAACAAUUUACGACCCGAUUCGGACGUCUGCAGAUGAGAAGAUGUGGCCCAACACCAGCUUUGAUCAUCUUCGUCGCUUACGCUCCAACAUCAAGCUACGAAGAAGAAGAAGUCGAAGCUUUCUAUAUGGACCUGGAGAAGUUCUACCGAGAAGACCAUGCCUUCUACAAGGUCAUAAUUGGCGAUUUCAACGCCAAGGUUGGCCCAAGAAGAACGCCGGAGGAACUUCACAUCGGGACCCACGGCCUACAAUGGAAUGACCAGGGGGAGAGGCUCUCCGAGUUCAUCAUGACGACUAAGACCAUCCAUGGGAACUCGCAAUUCCAGAAGCUCUCCGCUCUACAAUGUACGUGGGAGUCACCCGGUGGAGGGUUCUGCCUGACGGACGUCGCUGUUGUACCAAAGUUCUAUACGGGAUCGGACCAUCGCCUCAUCCGAGGAAGAUUUUCCUUCACAAGGAGAGCAGAGAAAGCCGCCAAGUUCAGAGAGAGAAAUUCCAGGACUACCAUCAACUGGGAUCUCUUCGCUACGUUAGCCGGCUUUUGGGAAGAUUCCGCAAUGGACAACAUCGACGAGGAAUAUGACCGGCUUGUUGAACACCUUCACUACUGCGCGAAGAAGGCUGAGAGUUUUAAAACCACCAAGAGGUGCCUGUCUCUUAAAACUCUUGAGUUGAUACGCCAGCAUGGAGCAGCACAAGCCGCAGGGAACCAAGAACUCACGUCCGAGCUCGCAAGGCUUUGCAGAGAGGCGAUAAAGGAAGACCUUAAAGAGAGAAGAGCAGAAGUGCUGGCUGAAGCUGCAGAGGCGGGGAAAAGCAUCCGCUAUGCUCGUCGAGACUUCGCCAGUCGCAAGACGAAGAUGACUGCUCUCCGGAACCCAAAGGGAACAGCCAUUGCAUCGAGAAGGGAGGGGGAGAAAAUCAUUUACGACUUCUACUCUGAUCUCUUCGACAGCUAUGUCCACUUGCCUCCUCACCAUCUGAGGGAAGACGGACAAGUCAUUCCAGAGGUUCUCCCGUCCGAAAUACGACGUGCUAUCAUGUCGGUAAGAAAUCGUACGGCACCCGGUCCCGACAAAAUAAGACCAGAACACCUGAAGAGCUUUCCGCCAGUACUCACCAACACCCUGGCGAGGCUCUUUACACGUUAUCUGUUGGAAUGCAAGGUUCCUAAACAGUGGAAGACCAGCAAGACCGUGUUUUUGUAUAAAAAGGGAGAUCCACAUGACAUCGGCAACUAUCGACAGCCAUGCGAGCAAGCAGGGUUUCAAAAAGGAUUCAGCACGAUUGACCACAUUCACACUGUUUCGAAACUUAUCGAAGUAUCACGAGAGUACAAGAUGCCGCUCUGUCUCACCUUCAUCGACUUGAAGAAGGCCUUCGACUCAGUUGAAACGGAAGCGGUCAUGGAAGCCUUGGACAACCAAGGCGUCCCUACUCAGUACAUAAAGGGUGAUACAAUCUCACCCAAAAUAUUCACAGCCACCCUCGAGAACGCAAUGCGAAAGUUGGAAUGGGACGACAUGGGAGUGAAGGUUGAUGGUCGGCAGCUACACCAUUUGCGCUUUGCUGAUGACAUCGUACUGAUAACACCUAGCAUCAGUCAAGCGGAACGAAUGCUGACCGAAUUCGAUGAAACAUACAUCGGUCUUCAGCUGAAUCUACAAAAGACGAUGUUCAUGCGGAACGGAUGGGUCUCGGAUGCCCCAUUCUCGCUCAACGGAACGAACAUAUCCGAAUGCACCAGCUACGUUUAUCUGGGUCGGGAACUGAACAUGAUGAACGACCUGACCACCGAGCUGGGCAGGAGGAGACGAGCGGCUUGGGGAGCGUACAAGAGCAUUGAGGAUGUAGUGAAGAAGACCAGGAACACCCGGCUCCGUGCUCACCUUUCCACCCCCGUUCUGUUGACCUUGUUCGGAAACCGGUCCUUCAAAGAAAAAUAUGAUGCUCUUCGUGUCCCACGCGAAAGGAGGAACCACUGGGCUACUCUGGCACGCGAUCGGGGCAAAUGGAAGAAUUACUGGCGCCCGCUCGAACAGUUCGAAAAUCAACGGGAGUCAAGGUCAUCAAGGCGAUAA